AUGAUUGAUAAUUUAUCUUCUUCCACUGGAUCCGGAAGUGGUGUUAGUGGAAAUGGAAAUGAAAAUGGAAAUACAACACCACCACAAUAUCAGCGCGCACAAUCGAAAAAGAAAUUCAAUAUUUUUCAUCUUCACUCAAAUAGUACCCCCAAUUUAAAAUUACUAUAUCAGCAACAACAGCAGCAACAAAACUCACCAAAAUCAAAAGAAGAAAAUAAUAAUAUUUCAGGAAAUAACAAUAACAAUAGUAAUAAUAUUAAUAACAGUUUUAAUAAUAGAAAGGAAUUAAUAUCAUCAUCACCAAGUUUAAAUAAUAGCUAUGGAAGUGAUUACUCUGGUUCGCCGGCGAGAUCACCACCGAAUUCACCGAGAUCCAACGAUGAGUCGGACGGUGCAGAUAUUCCAUUGUCAAAGAGUGCUGAUUCAUCACCAAACAACAACAACUUACAACAGCAGAACGGUGGUAACUCUAAGAACAACAAGAAACCAUCGAGAUUCGCAGCUGCCAUCCGUCGUGUAAAAGUAAACAAUAAACUAAAGAAAGAGAUUGCAGAGAUGUCUCUGAAAUCGGGACUCACCCAACAAUACACAACACAACUACAAAAGAUACCAUUCAACGAAAUAACACAACCAACACUCCUAGGUACACAAACAUCAUCAUCAACAAGUUCAUCAAACUUGAAUAACCUAUUAAACAAUAACAACAAUAAUAAUAACAACAAUAAUAAUAAUAAUCUAUAUGGUUCACAAAGAAAAUCAAGAUUCAUUGAAACAAUUGAAUCCUCAACUGAAGAUUAUACGGAUAUUCCAAAAACAAUUAAACUAUCGAUUGAAUAUCUCUUUGAGAAGGCAUUGAAAGUACCAGGUUUGUUUAGAGAGUCUGCCAAUACAAUGGAGUUACAGCGUUUGAAACAUGCGAUGGCAUCGACCGAUGAAGUUGAUCUUUCAGACUACAAAGAACCACACAACGUCGGUGGAUUGCUAAAACAGUAUCUAAGGGAGAGAUCAUCACCUAUCUUCCCAUAUAAUCUACAUAAACAUAUAUCUGAGUUAUAUGAAUCAAAUCUAGAUAAUCAACAAGAGAUAAGUGGACAACUAAAGGAUUUGUUAAAGAUAGAACUUAGUAAAGGACAAUAUCUGAUAUUAAGAUAUCUAUUCGAGUUGCUACAUGCUGUGUCGCUGAAUGAGGAGUUCAAUAAGAUGGGUUCCUACAAUCUCGCAGUAUGCUUUGCACCAUCGCUAAUACAUUCUUUCGAUUGUUCAUGUAUCGAUGUCGUAACCAAGUUAAUCGAUGACUAUGAGAUUAUAUUUGGUGUAGAUGUACCUGCUGCUGCCGCUGCUACUAAUACAACUACUACUGAUGCUGUUGUUGUUGAGAAUGUUGAUGAAACUGAAGAGAACAUCAAUGAACGACAACAACAACAACAAACUAUUGGUACAAGUAGUAGUACUUCUGGUAGUGUUGGUAUUCCACUGGUAAAGUCAAUAAGUGGAACUGCCAGUAGAAGAAGAAGAAGAUCGAAUACGAGAAUGGUGAGAUUGUCGGUGUUGUUCGAGCAGCAAAAACCAAGGUCAGAAGGUGUCGCCCCAAGAAAGAAUAGUAAAUCGAUAUCGUUGGAGAGUAGACCUAUCUCUUGGCAUUCUAGACAUACUGGUAGCGAUGUAGAUGAAGAUUACUCAACCGAUGAUAGUGAUAAUGAUAAUGAUAAUAGUGUGACAACAAAUAACAACAAUGAUAAUAAUAGUGAUAAUAAUAACAAUAACAAUCUAACUAGAAAUCAGAGAUGUCUAUCGAAUGAUAAUGCUAGUGAUAUCUAUAAGCAAUCUGAUGUUCCUUCGAUACUUAGCAUAUUUAAAGCAUUGAAAGAUCAACAGAAACAAGAACAUGAACAACUACUCUUAGAGACAGUAGCAGAACAAGCAGAUGUAACACUAUCGAUCUCAAAAGAAGGUACAACCGAGUUGAUCACCAUUGAAGAAGCUGAAGAAGAAGAACUUAAAGUUAUUUUAGAUUUAAAUACAAAGAUUGAAGAACAACAACAACAACAACAAGAUACUGUAACAACAACAUCAACAACAGAAUCAUUAUGUAAUAUUAGUCAACAACAACUACAACAAAAGAAAGAAAAACCUGUUAAUAUCGUUGAUAACAGUAGUAAUCCAAGUAGUAAACACGGAACUGGUACUAUCAACAGUGGAAGUGGGAGUGGAAGUGGUAACAGCAAUCAUAAUAGUAGUAAAAGCAAGGUUACCUAUCAUAAUACAAAGAACUUCUCAAUGCCACAGAGUAAUACACCAAUAUCGACAUCAUCAAAGAACUUGACUAGCUAUACAGGUGGUGGUGGUGGUGAACCAAGAUCGAAAUCACCUACCUACCUUAAGCGACCGACCUUGAAUAUAUCAUCGAGAUCUGUAACAUCACCAUCACUUCCACAAUUCACAUCACAUCAUCAUAAAACAACAACAACAACAUCAUCUUCAUCGUCAUCCUCAUUGAAAACAACAAUUAAACCAACUGUAAUGUCAUCAUCAUCAUCGACAACAACAACAACAUCUAAACAAUCUUUAUCAAAUAAUCACUAUCUUCCAUCGACACUUUCUCAUCUGCAUGGUCAGAGUGCACUGCUCAUGAGCGAUGGUGUAAAAAUAAAAACAAUCUAUGAGAAUGUAGAAGAAUGGAGUUCUCUUCCAAGUUUCGAUUUACAUAUUCUAUCUUUUAAGGAAAAAUAUGAUUUGGAUUUCGAAAAUCUUAUUUUUAGAAUCAUAGUGAUAAUUCCUGAUUCCUUUUGCAAUAAUUUCUAUCAGUUAAGUGCUGGCAUGGUUACAACUUUAAUUGAUAUCUGUAGUGUAGUAGGAUUCAAAACCCCAAACAAAGAAGUUGCUGCCUGA